GCAGUAUGGAAAGGGGUAAAAAGAUAUGUCGGAGCCCUUGCACUCUCUUAGGGACCUCUGAUCAGCGGUCUGGGUAACCAUGUAAAUGGAGUCUUGCUACUUCAGUAAACAGGAUACCACCCCACAAGCGGUCCUCAAUUAACAAUCAACAAUGCGCAUUGACUAAAUGCCCCAAGUUAUUAACCAGCAGAAGGGAAGGGAAAAGCAAGAAAAACAGAGCAUCAAGAGCUCUCAAGACAGGAUGGACUUCCUCCAGCAUUCCAGUUACACACAGCGUCGCCAAUGGCUAGACGCAACAAAGGCAACGAACAUGGGCGACUCGGGAGCAAAGACAGCCAGGCCACGACGACAACGCAGGGCUCGAGCGCCACGGUGACGCAGCGCGACCAGUACCAGCGCGAGCUAACCGCCGCCUGUGCGCGAGGAAACGAGGAACGCGUGCGCCGCUUACUGACGGAACACGGGCCAUGGACCACUGCGAAGGACAAGACAGCAUUGCGCAAAGCGUUGCAGAAGGCGUCGGCGCGACACCACAUCGACAUCAUUCGGCUACUACUCCAUCACGGCGCCGAGGUCGAUGCCGGUGCUAAUGACGAGUUCCCACCACUCUACCGGGCCGCCCAGGCGGGCCAGCGCGCCGUCGUUGAGGAGCUUCUCGCGCAUCGCCCGGACCUGGAGGCGCGCGAGAUGCGCACCUGGCAGACGCCUCUGUUUGCCGCCAGCAUGAAUGGCUUACACGCCAUCGUUUCGUUGCUCCUGGCCAAGGGCGCGCGUGUCGAUGCCCAGGAUCGAGACGGGCGCACUCCCCUGUUGGCCAUGGCCAUCAACCCGAAUUUUAAGUCGAUGGAGACGGCGUCGCUACUCGCGGACCACGGCGCAAACCUCGAGGCGAAAGACCGGAUCGGUCGGACGCCACUUCUUUGGGCUGCCACCAACCGAAACUACGACCUCGCCCAGACACUCCUUGAGAAGGGCGCCAACGUAUCGGCUGUCAACAAUCGCGGCCGUACGGCUUUGCACCUGACUGUCGAUAGCAGUGACGGUGGCAGAAGCGGCGACCAGACGUCGGUGCCCAAGAAGCCGCGCGAGGAGAUGCUAAAGCUUUUGCUGCAGCACGGCGCCGACGCAAAUGCAGCCAGUGAUGGAGGCUGGAGACCCCUGCACAACGCUGCCCAUAAGGGUCUGACGUCUAUCGUGCGGGUUCUGCUCCACGCCGGUGCCGAUGUCAACGCCACCCUUUCCAACGGCAUGACUGCCCUGCAUUGGGCUGCCUUCAACGGUUUUGAGGAAGUGUCGCAGCUAAUAUGGUCCUACCCCGAGGCCGACCUGGGCAUCAGGGACACCUUCGGCCGCGCUGCGUGGCUUUGUGCUGCAGAGCGCGGCCACGACGACCUGGUCGUUCUUUUGUCUCCCGGCCACAACAGCCACCGCCUGCCAAAGUCGAUGCAUGAGGCCACCCGGGCCUUCAACGCUACUGUCGUCGAGUUCAAGGAGUACGGUGAGAAGCAGCGCAUCUCUAAACCCCCGGUGUUCGACUUGCUGUAUAGGUGGGACGAGAAAAAUGGUCGGCCCACGAUUCCGCUAUGGACGGAUGGGCCCCCGGGAUACGCCAAGAGCGAGUUCAAAUGGAUACAUCUUCCUGCCAAUAAUCUGGCCUGGGUAGAAACGCUCAUGAUAAACUGGUUCAUUGAAUCAGGAUGCCGCGACCUCGAGGGUUUCAAGGCCCUCAUGAAAUGUCUGGAGCAGGAGCACUGCGGCCCAUUCCCGCACGCCAAUUAUAUGAGACCCUUCUGCCAGCGCAUCUCGUCUCAGCACCCCGGCGAUGAAGACGGAGGAGGCCUCCUCGGAGGGGACGACACUAUCGGCCCUGGCUGCGCCAGCCCACUCCCUACUAAACUAAAGGACAUCCGCCGUAGUACUAGCAACUUGUCGCAGUUGACCCUCAGCCAGGGCAUACCGGGCGGUGACGGCAAGAUCGUCAUGUUCAUGCCGUACCUCCACUACGAGACGGACGAGAGCCGCCGGAAGAUGAUGGACGCCAUCAAGAUCGUGUCGUCCGCCAGGCACGCGAGCUCCCGCGACAAGACACCCGACAUGCUGCUUUUGGAGGCGUACUUGAACCACAAGCCGUCGCUCCACCCGAGGAGGACGCUUGACCAGUUCUUCUACCGCGGUAUCGACACGUCGGCCCGCGACCGCGACCAGGUCGUGUACCGCUACUGCGAGGCCCAUGGCCAUCAGCGCAAAGUUUUCAUGGUGGACCAGCUGUGGGUUCUCGUUCUGAAUAAGGACCUCAUCAUCACCUGUUUCCCCGAGCGCUGGGACUUGCGAAAUCAAAAAGACCCGCUAGGCGUACUGGACGGCAUUGUGGCCGAAAUGAACGCCAAAACUCGACCGCCCGUUCGAAGUGUAUACCACAUGGCCAUCCUAGUCUCUGGCCGCUGCUCCGGCAUGUUCUCGCGACACCGAGCCGAUGACCAGGACUACCAGUUUCUCGACAUGUUUGAGAGUUCUGUCGGCCGGGUUACCGAAGAUCUGACGCACCUGUUCCACCACUUCGAGCGGGCGUCGUCGCACAGCCGACAGUGGGCCCGCCCGUCUCGCCGGUCCAAGCUGCGCAGCAGCAAGAACAACAAGAAGAAGACGCCGACGGAGGAGUCCAACUCGUUCGACCAGCUGCUCGACAUCGGAACCGAGACGUCGCUGCUGACCGAGGUGCGCGACAUCCGCGACGAGCUCAACAUCCUGACCAUGAUCUUGAAUUCGCAGCUGUGGACGCUGGGCGACCUGAAGAACUGCCUGAUCGAGGAGCUAAGCCUGAGCGCCGCCUCGAGCCGGCUGAUGCGCAACCACGCCAACAACUCGCAUGUUGCCGACAUCCGCAAGCGCACCCUCGAGCAGGAGCGCCACCUCAAGGUCCACAAGCGCGACAUCCAGACCAUGGAGGAGCAGGCCGAGCGCUUGUAUCAGUCGCUGACGGACCUGCUGGACCUGAAGCAGAAGCACAGCAACGCGCUGGAGGCCCGGUUUGCCAGUGAGCAAGCCUUGUCCGCUGCGAGGGAGGGCCAGACCGUCAUGGUUUUCACCAUCGUUACCAUUAUCUUCUUACCCAUGUCAUUCAUCGCUGCCUAUUUCGGCAUCGGCAUGGAUGCCUUCAGCGACCUCCACACCGAGUACGUGGCGAGGUGGACCUUUGGCGGCGGGCUAGCUAUCUCGGCCGUCUUUAUCUUCAUGGCCUUCACCGUCGUCGACAUAACGAGGGCCUUUGCCGGGUUCGCCGCCCUGAUGAAGAGACUGUUCGCCCGAAACGACGCCGGGCACGAAAAGAACGGCGAUGAUGACGAUGAUUAUGAAGAGGAGGCGGUGAUGGCGGAGCCAUCAGGCACGCGAACAAGACUACUGAAGCCUCCCAUGUCGAGUCCACUCCAUUCGGUCUUCCACCAUCAUCAGUCCAGCCCUCUUUCCAAGAUCGGGACCAACAACACGAUGAGGUCGGAAGCCAUGGAAAUGGGGAUCCUUCAAUCGACCGAGCUAGAUCUGGUAAAAAUGAAGACGGCCACCAGUAUUUUGUCCAAGACGCGAUAUGCAGUGUCGGCCAACAGCCCAAGGAGCCGUCGUGGGUACGGGGAGCAGGACUUGGAGUGGGGGAGGCACGAUCGGGAGAUGAGUGCUGAUACUUGCUAAGUUAUUUAUUAAUACGUGCAUGAUAGUUGUUAUAAUCAUAUAACUCUACUCUAUUUUUAGAUAGUUCGAUGGUAUCGAG